AUGGUGCUCCAGGACGUCGACAAUACAGCCCCGGAAGGCUUCACAGAUAACCCGUACCCCUCCUCGGACGACCCGUAUGCUUCCGCGUCGCCGCCCUCCUCAGGCGCUCGCUUCGACGCGAGCGUCCUGCCCCAGCCAUUACCGAUCAUAGGCACCUUCAUGGGCUUCUCCGACCGCGCUGUCCGCUUCAAGACCGAAACUACCCUCAAAUUCGCCGAGCGCAAGGUCGGCCGUCAAUUGAACCCCGAAGAAGCGCAGGCGCUCGCAUACCACAUAUACCAGCUUGAGCAAACAAAAAGCUAUUUCGCCGCCACGGGUGCAGCUGCAGGAACGUACCAAUGGUGGAGGACUAUGGAUAAGAUGAAGUAUCCCUUCUACCAGCCAAAGGUGGAGGACAUUGACCGGAACAAGUUUGGUCCGAUCAAGGGCAACAUGGCCAUGUUUGCACGACACACAUGGCGAUUCAGUUUGUACGUUUUGGUGGCAGGACAGAUGGGCAACAUCAUCGGUCAACUACUAGCGCAACCUUUGGCUGCGGUGAAUACCUCGAAUGAUCCGAAGCUGGAGCAGUUUGGGCAGGAGUUGAAGGCUUCAUCGCAUGCUGAGGGACAGAGGACCGCACAACAAGGACGUGAGAUCGAGGACAGGCGACGACAAUUCCAGGAGCAGGUCAGGAACAAGGCAGGAGGUGGCCCGUCACCACAGGCUAGCUGGGGUAAGCAGCCUCAAGGGAACGCUGAUGGAGGCGACGACAUGAGCCCGACGGCUGGAAACGAAUCGUGGGGUACCAGAACCGCCGGAUCAGACACAUGGGAGACGUUCUCAAACGACACAUCACAACCAGCUCCACAACGCCAGCAAGCACCGCCCUCAUCUCUUCCAUUCGAUGACGACGCUUCCCCCACUGGCGGCCUCUUCCAAGACGAAGUCAACAACCCACAACAACCCCAAUCCCAAUCUCAAGCAAGACCUGGUGAAUCGUCAUGGGAUCGUCUAAGGCGCACCGGAGGAGGAGCAGCAGCGCCACUUCAAAGGCCACAGCAGCAACAAUCGCGCAGAGCGGAGCCAGAGCGCAGGGAGCAAAGGGAAGGGUCCACGCUUGGAGAUUCGUAUACGUUUGUUGCGGGUGAUGAGGAGAGGGCCAGGGAGAGGCAGCGCGCGCAGCAAGAGUUUGACGCUAGGUUAGAACAGGAACGCCAGGGACGUGAUUUCAGUGAUGAGGGAGGUAAGAAGUGGUAG